GGUGGGCGGGCCAGACCGGAAGCAGGAGCUGAUGGUGUGGAUGUGGGAAAAGGGGCGGCGGAUGGCGCAGAAAGUAGCGUACAAUGGAAAGGCAAGUUAUCUUUGUACACCUGCAAUGCACACCCGGAAAAUAUGAUUUGUUAAUAUUGUUAAUGUUCGAUAAAUCAUAACUAAACUAUGAUUACAUUAAGCACCGUACUUCAGGUGGAGGAAGUGGAGUGGGAACCUGGAUCUACCACCAAACUAGUCACCUGUGGAACCAAGCACGUCCGAUUUUGGAAACUCCGCGGCAACGUUCUCCAGAGUACCUCGGGAGUGUUCGGCAGCGAAGGAAUUUCGGACCAGGUGAGCGUUACCCACAUGGCCGACGGGCGCGUGGUGACUGGCUCCGACUGCGGCCAUCUCUACGUGUGGGCCAACGCCAAGCUGGAAUCGGUCGUAAAAGACGUUCAUCCGGUGAGUUUACUAGGCGUAGGAAAUAGGAGACCUUAAAUUAUCUAAAAAAUAACUGAUUGAUCAUCCUAUGUCAAUAAAUUAUGGUUGGGAUCUAUUUUUUUUUUUCUACUUUUUCUCAGUGACACACGUGAUGCGUAUCAGGAUCUAAGACGAUGAUAAAGAAUUGUAAAUUA